AAAAUAACGUAGCCGUAUUGGAAAUGUGACGCAAUAAUUGACUGUCACUGGUGCGUUCUUUUUCUAUUGUGUCGUUCUUACUGGAAAUUUUGAAACAGCCAAGAAAAUUGGACAACGAGCAUAAGUUGAAAACACAACUUUUACAGGCAUCCGGUUUUAGGCCUGCCUCUCUUUUGCCUAGCGGAUUUUUUCCAGUUGAAAAACCGGCGUGGAAUGGUCAGGUGUGGAUAGUUUUCUAGAACUUCUAGAACUACGUGCCAAGCUAUGGACAAAAGAAGGGGCCGGCCUUUAAUAUCGGAUGCUGUGAUAUUAAAACCCUUGGCAUUUAAUCUCGAAGAAGCUUUGGAAGUGGAAAGUGUUUAUAGGCCUAAUUUGCUGUUGGUUCAAAGUGAUCUGAAGGCUGGAGAGGUCACAUUGACUCUAAGAGACGGAGCUGUCAACAUCUUGCGCUUCUUACAUAUUUGGUUGGAUUUACCUCGCAAUGUUUACUUCUCAGCUGUUUCUUAUUUAGAUAUGUUUCUUGCAAAAAUGAGAGUCCAAGAAAAAUUUUUGAAGUGUUUAACUUUAAGCUGUUUGGUUAUUGCUGCUGAUACGGAAAAUCAGAUUAUUGAUGUGGACUACUUGGUGAAGAUUUCUCAAGGGAAAUGUACAUCAAGAGAUGUGCUGCGUAUGGCAAAAAUUGUUAAAGAAAAAUUAAAACUUGUUGAUAAGUGCAAACCUACCACAGUGGAAGAUUUUUUUAAAAUAUAUUUGGAAGUCUUUACUUAUUUGACUAGGAAGUGGGAACAUAUCAUUUCAAGAAACCUGCUGCAAAUCAAAGAACACAUGCUAACCCGGCUAGAAGUUCUACUAGCUGAUAGCUCUACGGCAUUUUAUAGAUCAUCCUUGUUGGCCUUGGUUUUAUUUCGUCUUGAAGUUGAAAAUCUCAUGGCGCAUGGGUUACCAAAAAAAUCGGUUUAUUUUUUGGGAGAAUUUUUGCAUUUCUUUACUAUAAUUUGGGAGAUCCAGUCAAUUUGCAAGGUUAAAAAUUCUGAACUUAAACCUUGUUAUGCUACUGUCUCCAAAGUGAUAAGAAAGUAUUGUAGUCAGAGAAAAAGUGAUCACCAUGAAGAGCUAUCUUGGAAAUUUUCGUUUUCAACUAUUGAAAAGUCAAAACGAAAUAAUUACCAUCCAUUUUUGCCUACCAUUUCCGAAUGAUUUCCAGAAAUAAUUUAAACAUUCAUGUUUGUCUUUGUAAGCACAGAUUUUAAUUAUUACACACUAUAAUUUAAUCACAAAGUACACAGUCUGUCCAAUAUGUGUUAAUGCUGUAAAUCAUAUUUCAGAGGCAUGUUUCCUUAAAUGCAUGUUUUAGUUGUCUUUUAAAAAAGGAGAAAAUAAGUCAUAAUUUUUCACCUUGAAGAAUGUUAAUUUUUUUAAUUUCAUUUUGUGCUUACAGUUUUUUAAUUUGUUUUUGUCUAGUCUUAAUUUUUCAAUUAACUUAAUGAGCAUUUACUGUCAUUGUUUCAAUAAAGUAAAAUUCCUUUGUAAA